GCUUAACUCAUCCAAAUUUAAUCAUAAUUACACAAACAACGGGAGUAAAGAAAAUGAAGCUUUGGAACACAAGAUUAUCGUUUCUAAUAGUUCUGAUCUUUCUUUUAGCCAGGUUUCAUUUCUCCUCAGGCGGCUGCAAGCUAGCUAGCACGACGGCGAUGGAGGAGUUUCAAAAAGGGUUCAAACGACUAAGAUUUGACAGCAAGAGAACGCUACCGGCAGUUAGCACCGGCGAGAAGUACAAGAAGAUCUACGGAGUUUCACUUAAGAAAACUCCAGGCGGUCCAAACCCUCUUCACAACAAAUGAUAAGUAGCAUAUUAUUUCAUUGAUGUUAUGUUUUCAUUUGAUGAAAAACUUGCAUCUCUCGUCUCAACAUAUGAUCUUAUGUGUGAUAGACCCCACACAAAGAAAAUUAUGUAUCAGUUGAUUGUCUUGUCGUUGUAUUAAUUUAAUUAGUGGGACUGGAUAGGAAAAAUUACUAAAUAUGUAUGUAAAAGAUAAACUAAUUUUAGUUUAGUUUUGUAUAUAUACGAGAUAUGUAGUUUUUAUAUUUUGACAAUGGAUAUCAGAGGUAG